GCAGUUGGCGCUAGCUAAGAAUAUGUGCGUUACUUAGUUCAUAAGGUUAGUUGUCUUCCUAGUUGAAGUUCGUCUGUUUGCUAUGAAAAAGCAUCAUACUUGACAGUAGUGACAAACAAAAUCCUAUACAAUGUUAUGUGCAUUAAUGGUAUUCUCACACAUGCACAUUACUUAUAGGUCAUGUUUCAAAGGGAAAGUAUACAUUGUCCCCCGUUCCAUUCAAAAUAAGUGUGAUUUCGUGACAAAAUUUAUCUACAUCUGGAAAAAUUUAUUAAUAUUUCUCCAAAUUUUUGGGAAGGCCAUUGGGAUUUUUGGAAAGCCCCAAAAUUUACCCAGAAUAGGGAGACUGGGAGUGACGUGCAUUGUGUUCACUUAUUGUAAAGGCAAGACAGACCUAGGUUUAGCAUCAUAUAAAUGUUAGUGUUUGCAAACUGAUUAGCUAUAAUUGUAUCAGGUAGGGAGUACGCACCAUUUCUUCUAUUUCAGCUGUCUCCCUUGUCAAACAGAUGUUUUAAUUGGGAUCGUCAGGAGUGACAAAUUCGCCGCGUGUAUAGGUGUUGUCUGAUAUGUUAUCUUGCGUCUUUGAGCAUUUAAAUUAGCUCCAGACCUGUGGCUACGCUGCAUAUAGGAUCUCUCUGAAUUAUGACAGUAGUAUGUCAGGCGAGACUCUAAUUUAUGUACGAACCAAUCAGAUUUACGAUAAUAGGUCUCGAAUUUUGGUGUGAAAUAUAUUCACCAAUUUGUCUAAAUAUCAUUUUGGCAUCUUAGCUAAUUUUAGUUUACUCUGAAGACCCCAAAUCCAACGCUUGACCCUUACCAUCAACUGUAAAUCAUAAUCCUUAUUUUUCACAUUUAUUAUUUAUUUAUUUAUUUUAACACAUAGAUAUUGGUACAAGAAGGCACCAUAUACAUAUGCGCCACACAGGUCUCAUUUGAUAUGUGUGAGGGCUUUGAUAUUGCCCGCGUGCCCAAGCCGAAGCAGGUGGUUUACUUAGGGGGCCACACCCGCAGCCUUUAACCUGAAGGUCUGAUCCACAAGGCAGUGGAGCAUCGUAAGGAGAUGCAGUCCCGUGGUAGUCGGUGACCAACAAUUCGUUUAUACGCCAUUUGUUCCCUCGGGAUCCUGGAGCCCAUGUGCACCACUGGUUUGGAAUCAGGGUUUUCCAACUCCCCUAGGCGGAUCUUCUAUAUCCACCACCCGGUUAAAGCGCCGGACAUUCGCUUUUCGUCCUCUCAAUUUCGUAACCAACACCCCGCCACGAGAAGACAGUGAGUAGGACUUCCCUGGCAGAGGUUAUAUACGUGUGGCCAUGUGAGAGCAUUCGGAGAGGGAGAGUGGACUCUCCCCACUCUCGGCCUUACCAGGGCAUUUAUAACCCUCCAGGUAACUAGCAUUGCUCAAAGGUCGUCCAUAAAUUAUAGUCUCACUGUAUAUCACUAUUGGUUCUGAGGAUCCUGUUGUUUUUCAACCCAUGUUCUAUGUUUUUCAGUCUUAUUAUCACAGUAAAAGAAGCAAUAUAAAAUAUACCUCAAAACAUAGGUGUUUGUCUGAUAUAGUUUCUUCAAUAUUUUCAUCCGAUAUGACUUAGUUAUUUGUAAACUGAGGACUAUCAACCUUAAGUGGUGAAUACAUGUUCUGAUGUCUGAUAAUUUUAGAGAUGUUAGUAAUCGUACGCCUGAAAAUAGAGUUCACGCGUGACCUUGUCCUAAAUACUUAAUUGAAAAGUAAGUUUUACUUAUUGACCUGUAAUGUGGCAGUCUCAUUUUCAUUACUGUACCAGAGGACAGCUUCAUUCACCAUGUCAGACAGUAAGUCUGGGGCUGCACUUAUCCAGUGAGUAAAUUACGUAGGAAGCAUUGAUUUGUUUUUAGUUACUAACGUCCAAAAGUUUCAUUUUCAUCACGUUUAUAAAGUCAUAUUUUCCUAAUAUGUCUGAGCAGUUGAUUCCACUGAAUGACUACUUCUCAGCGUCUUUACAAUCUUGCCUGAAAAAAACUGAUUUUCUUUUUACAUUUGUCCUAAUGUGCGUGCUGCGAUUUCACGUAUCUAUUUUUACUGAAACAUUUAUGAUCCGAAAUUAAGUGGGAUUGCUGCUUAAAUGUACAUUUCCAUUCCUAUCUCUGUAACUAGUAGUGGAAAUCUAAUUUUCGUUUCUUCGUCUAUAUAGUGCGAUCUCAAUUAUGGAAGAGGCCAGAGCUGUCCUGAAGAAGAAAGAUGCCAUUCUUGAACACCCGUCUAUGCUUGCAGAAGCAAUUGAUUGCAUCCGAUAUAAUAACCCACAAAGUGGACAUAACGAGGCAGAGGAGCUUUUAGUGGAGAGCUAUCAGGGUGCAAUCGAGUUCCUGUUUGAACUGGGGACUUGGCUCACCUACAUUGAUGAAGAUGCUCAGUCUACUCGUAACAUAAUUGAAUCAGUUGUCAAGGAAGCUAUUCUUCAAAACUACGAUCGUUCCAAAGCCAUAACAUGUUUAACAGAUGAAGCUUCAGCCGACACCAUGGAGUGGCUUAGUCAAAUGGUCGAAUCUCCAACUUGGCGUCAAACUAUUUAUAACCUAGCUCAGCAUCCACGGAACGAAGAUUGUCCUUUUUUAUCACUAUCUAUGCCGUGUAUAGCUGUAAAAGAAAGUCUCAUUGGAGAACUCGUAUCUGUUCCUCUUGCAUGGAACACUCUGGGCAUUUUCUUGAAGUGCGUUAUCUAUGUUUUACAGCCAUUACUAGCUGCCGGUGAUACAGUUAAAGAUCAGACAUUUAUGUACUCCAUUGCAUUUUUACAGCCAAAACGGAAUAAUGCUUCAUGUACCAAUUAUUCUAGUGUUUCACAUUCAGAAAUGAGCAUGGUGAAUUCGGAAUCGCUUCCAUCUAUUGAUGACGUUAAGGGUUUUGUUUCCGCUGUCGAUAACGAACAUCAACCAUACUCAUCAGAAGGAGAGUCUCACUUUUCUUUUGAUACUGCACAAGAUAUGUUAACCCACUUUUUGGUAAGUUAAUACACAUUUCAGUCUUUUUUGUAAACAGAGCAGUGUCUUAGCUGUAAAGGCGUUCAUUUUUUAAGCAUUAGGCUGUUAGAAUAGUACAAGUAUCCCUUUUAUGUUCUAGGUAGUUUGUCAACGCAGUGACGGUACUAAUUUUAAUCUCACAGCACCGAAGUGAUAUGUUACAGCUUGAAUCACUUUACGUUGGGACUAGAUGCCAUCCCGCUAUUGUCUCUGCCUGUUUUAUCCACAAAUGUGUAGAGUUCGUUUUCUCUUUCCUAUUAAAUGACGAAUAUCAGAUCCUUAAUUCAUAGAUGAUCAUGUUAAUAAAAAUGUACUAAGACAGAACGAUUUACCAUUAAAUAAUGGUUCAAGUGAAAUUUUAUGAGUUAGUAUAAUAACUCCACCUUACCACCAUGGUGCAACAAAGAAUGUCUAAAGAAUCGCAAAACUACACAGAAUUAAAGCAUACUACGAAACAACUAGAAUCCCUCGAAAUAUUCUAAUUCAUAAAAAUGAUAAGAUUUGCUUUAUGUCAACACAAAAUCGUGUCUACAAACUAAAGUUUUCUUAUUGUGAUGCUUUCUGGAUUGGAGAAUUUUCUCGUAAAAUAACUCAAGUCGAAAACAUCUGAGAUACACAAAGAACUACUUAUUAAUCCUCAAUAACCUGCAAAACUCUAAAUUAAAUGGACAAUCGCAGUGCAUGCCAUCUUCGAUAACCUUUAAGUCGAUAUUUAAAAUAUCAAACUUAUACAAAAAGCUUCUCGAUUACAAAGAUAGGUGAGUAGCUGAAGCUUUUUAUAUAUUGCUAAAUCCAACUGCCUUAAAUAGAAAAGAAAGCCUUGUGGUCUAUCAGACUUGGAUCAUCGAUGAAAUCUACUAUAUUUGAUUCUAUUCAUAUCUCACAUACGAAUGCAACCCUACCUUUUUACAUAGCAAAUACGCAAGCGUUUCUCACAAAGUCAUCUUGACUAGAGCGACAUGAUAUUGGCUUAAUCAGAUUUGCUUCUGGAUUGUACUAAAUAUUUUUUGCUUUGUUUCUUUGUAAUAACUUAAACUCGUUUUGAUUUAAUUUGUUCAUUUAUUCAUUCUGUAAAGAAGUGGCUUACGCUGAGUCACAAAAUGCUAGAAAUUUUGUUUUCUACUUACUGUGACACUACGAAUAUACUGCUACUUAUAUUAUUAACAAUCUAUUGAAUGCUUAGUUUAUUUAACAGUACCAAGUAAAACCUUAGUAAGGAUCCAACGUUAUCUUUCUUCUUUUCUUGGCAUUCCUUUCCUGUGUCACAACGGAACUGGACAACGUGGCCCAAUAUAUUGCUCGUCUCUUGUUCAUCAAAGUUAGUUCACUGCAAUUGUUUUAAGAUUCAGUGAAGUAUCUUAUAUUAUAUGAAAGCCAUGUGAAAUAUUGGGUGUUAUGUAGGAUUACUCCUACUACACGAUUUUUAAUAAGUUCUUAAUAAGUAGAUAAGAUAGGGUUGGAUGGUGAGUUCCCGUAUGCUUUUUAAUAAUGUGAGGUAACAACUUUUAUUAGUACUAAGGGUUUCACUUGUUUCUUAAACAUCGGUUAUUUUGCAAAACGUCUCACCGUUAAAAUAUGCUGGUAAGUCAGAGGUAGUCAAAAAAGAAAUGGUAAGUUUGUAAUACAUUACUUAAGUCUGUUACCAUUCUAGAAUAGUGUCAAAGCACUUUUUCAAGGUUCUAAUAUGUAUUGAAAUUUUCUCAUGAAACAAGAUACCCUUGUUAUUUUUAUAUACGACGACAGUCCUUUCUAGUCGGUUUCCCUUUUAAUAUACUUACAUUUGCUGCCUGUUAAUAAUACUGUUGCAUUUAAAUGGACUUUUUUCUUGUUGAGUGUAAUUACUGUAAAGUUUGAAUUGAAAUGUUUGUUAACUUCAUGAAUACUUCUACUUUUAUUAGGAAAUGGGUUGUCAUAGUGAACAUGGAUAUUUACUCUUGCAAUCUAUCUUGCAGUGUUUGGCUCGAAAAAUGAAGAGCCAUUGUGCUCAUCAUCUUAUUUGGCUUUUGGAAGCUGAAGCAAGUCGAAGGUUCUGAUAAGUUUGAUCCUGUUUUCAAUUUUAGUUACAGAUUUUCAUGUGUUAAACUUUGAAUAGUUUAUCACAAAUUAGUAGAUAGUGAAAGGUUUUUGUACUAGUGUUUUAGAGUUAACUGAUGCUAGUAAUAGUAAUUUUUCUCUCUAUAGGUGCGCGAUUGUUUCAAAGUAAAUUAGAUUUACUUUUGAGAUGCGAAAACCCACUCUUACGUUCAUAAAUUUUUUUACUCUAUUUUAUUUACUUCCGUAAGUUGGCACCGGUUAAAGUGAAUUUCCUUGUUGAGUUACUUUAUCUUUUCUUACCGGAGAGGCCUCUGUAAAAUCUCCAAAUUUCUAUAAAUUACUAUUUCAACCUUUCAGUUGAAGAAAUGAAAAUUCAAAUACAUUUAUAAUUUUACAGUUAUUUGUAAGAAUGAUGACGUACAGCGGUUGUUUAGAUCCACUAAGUCCCAGGUUCGAACCCCACUCUACCUACGUACUUCGGUUUGGGCAGCCGAGUGGUGUUAUCAUGUCUCGCACUUAGAAUGUGGCUCAUUCACAAGUAUUUAACGGUCAAGCUACCCUCCAUUCCCAGACAGUGUGAAUGGAACAUUGAAGUAGGUCCCUCAACUCUAACUGUAGUUCAAAAGGCUAUAGUUGAUCUGAAACGAGGAAGUGCAGCUGGUCUAGAUAGAUUGGCUCCAGAGAUAUCCGUCUAUCAAUAAAAGGACGAGUAUACUGCGCGGCAGUUCGUUCUGUUUUACUUUACGGCUGCGAAACGUGGGCAUUAAGAGUUGAAGACACUCGUAAGCUACAAGUAUUUGAUCACAAAUGCCUUAGAAAUAUUGCUUGCAUCUGCUGGGAUCACCGGGUAAGUAAUAGUGAGGUUGGACGCAGGGUAUUAGGAAAUGAUGGUAAAUCAGUUGAUGAGGUUAUGAAUCUUCAUCGACUGAGAUGGUUGGGUCACAUGUUGCGUAUGCCUGAACACCGAUUACCACGACGUGCAAUGCUAUCCGGUAUUGGAAAUGGUUGGAAGAAAGUUAGGGGCGGCCAAACCAAAACGUGGCAUCAGUGCUUGAAGUCACUAACUUCUGGUCUGAGCCAUGUUGGUAGAUGCAGACUACUUGGUUGGGGUCCGCGUGACUAUCGUAACCAAUGGUUGGAGACUCUUGGUGACAUGGCUCAGAAUCAAUCACAAUGGCGUCGGUGUAUACACUUCCUGUCUUCCCUUAAACUAAGAGACUGAAAUCGCUUUAUAUCUUUCUUUCUACGAACCAAUUCUUUCUUCCUGUACUAUAUCUCCAUAUGCAAUCUUUCUCUUAUAUAUUACCACCUUUGACCUAACCACUGCUAUGAAUCCAGUGUUCAUCUUGCUGUGCUGAUGCGGUAUGGCAACCUGGACCGAUGCACAUAUGUGCCUGGUCCUACGUUGUAGCUGACUGACUGGACGAUCAAGUUAAUUCAUUCCAUUUUCAUCUCUCAAAAUUUGAAAGACUGGGCAAUCCCAUAUAUGUCUAGACAUUGAGCAUGAUUUACAUCCUAUUACAUUGAUUCACUCUUAAGUUUUUUUACAUCGUAAAUAUAAGUGUUUCUUGUUAGAUUUUAAAUAAAAGUGAAGAGAACAUACUGAGUCGGGUGGGUUUUAUACAGUAGUGAUCAGUUGAUUUGAUUUCAGGAAAAAAAGUUGCAACCAACACUUUUUAAAAUCUUGAAUAUAUAUUUCUUUACACUCCUAUUCAGAUUAAGAUUGGUUAUUUAAAUUCCUUAUCAUACCUGUUUUUAUUAUGAAACAUUAAUAUUAUUUUAACUAGGCGAUAUAGUUUUUUUCUGCUGUUCUUCCUCAAUGAAUAGAUUCUUGUUCGGUCGAAUUUGGUAAGUAUAGCUCCACUAGUCAACCUUUAAAAAAGUAAUUUUCUUGUGCCUGCUUUACAUGUGUCCCAUAGAUAAAUCAGUGUUAUCAACCUGAUCGAAAGUCAGGAGUGGUUUGAUUGGGUACUCACUUACUCUUGUUACCCCUCCUGGAGGAAAAUUGGCCGCUCACCAGCAUUCUCUAUCCAACUCUGUCCUGGGCAAUCCUUUCCAGUUGCUAUUGAUCUUUUUGAUGUCUGUUUCCAAUUCUUGGUGCAGUGUGUACUUUGGUCUUCCUCUUUCCCGUUUCCCUCCAGGAUUCCAAGUUAGGGCUUGCCUCGUGAUGCAGUUUGAUGUUUUCCGUAAUGUAUGUUCUAUCCACUUCCAAAGUCUUUUCAUAAUUUCCUCCUCAGCUGGAUGUUGGUUUGUUCUCUCCCACAGUAGGCUGUUGCUGAUGGUAUCCGACCAAUAAUGGACAUUGAGUAUCUUGCGUAGACAAUUGUUUGUAAAUACUUGUACCUUUAUGAUGAUAGUUGUAGUAGUUCUUCAAGUUUCAGCUCCAUACAGUAGAACCGUCUUGGCUUUCGUAUUAAAGAUUCUGACUUUGAUACUGGUUGACAGUUGUUUUGAGUUCCAUAUGUUAUUCACUUGUAGGAAUGCUGUCCUUAAUUUGCCAAUCCUCGCCUUUACGUCUGCAUCAGAUCCUCCUUGUUCAUCCAUGAUGCUGUCCAGGUAUGUGAAACUCCACAUCUUCCACAGCUUCUCCACCAAGUGCGAUUGGGAUGAUGUUCUCUGUGUUGUAUUUGAGGAUCUUGCUUUUUCCUUUGUGUAUGUUGAGGCCUACUGCUGCAGAGGCUGCUGCUACACUGUUUUUAUCUUGACCUGCAUUCGUUGAUGUGUAUGGGAUAGAAGGGCCAGGUCAUCUGAGGAAUCCAAAUCAUCUAGUUGCAUCCAACAUGUCCAUUUUAUCACAUGCUUCCCGUCGGAUGUCGAGGUCUUCGUAAUCCAGUCAACCACCAGAAGGGAAAGGGGGAGAGUAAGCAGUCCUGUCUGACACCACUGUUCACUUGGAAUGCGUCUGUCAACUGUCUCCAUGCACCACUUACUAGUGUAGUCCAUCGAAUCAAUUCCGUAUGAUGUUGACGAUCUUCUCAGGCACAUUUCAUAAGGUUCUGCUAUACACUCUGUCAAACACCUUAGUCAAGAAAGUUGGUGUGUGGUGACGAGUUUCACUCAAUUGAUUGUUCAACGAUGAUCCGUAAUGUCGCGACUCGGUCUGUGCACAACCGAUACCUACAGACUCCGACCUGUUGAUGUUGAAUUCGGGCGUCUUCUGAAUCCUUCAUCCGGUUCAGCAACACUCUGUCGAAAACAUUUCCUUGUAUUGACAGAAAUGUACCUCUGUGGUUCUCACAUUUGCUCAGAUCUCGUUUCUUCGGUAUCUUGAUGAGGUGUCCUUCUUUCCAGUCGAUCGACUCUCGUUCUCGCUCUCAAAUCUUCGUGAAUAGAACGUGGAGCAUGUUUGCAGUUGCUUCUAUGUCUCAUUUCUGUGUUUCAGCUGGUAUAUUGUUAGAACACUGCCAUACUUAUCGAGGGCCAACAAUCGUAGUUUUUCUUGACAUCAGGGUUGCCUUCGAUUCGUUGGACAGGACUGUUCUCUGGGAUUGUCUAUUGAAGAAGGGUGUGCCUGAGAAGUUUAUUAACAUCCUAAAAGCCCUCAGGCAGAGUGAGGGCAUACAACCACCUCUCUCCAUUGUCCCACUCAAGCAGUGGGGUUAGGCAGGGUUGCCCAAUCUCACCAUUCCUCUUCAACUUUGACAUCGAUGACAUUCUGGAAACAGCUCUGAUGGAUGUAAGUAAUGGUGUUGUGGAUCUGUUGCCUGGAGAAAGACUUCUCGACAUUGAGUACGCGAUAAUGCCCAAGGCAUGCAAUCCGCACUUAAUCAGUUAGCAAUCAGUGUCCGUAGGUAUGGUAUGUGCUUUGCACCUUCGAAGUGCAAAGUACUUCUACAAGACUGGCAGGAUUCUAAUCCUGUACUCACCCUGGAUGGUGAGCAGAUAGACGUAGUUGAGAAGUUCGUGUAUCUGGGUAGCUGCAUAAGUGCUGGUGGUGGCGUGAGUGAUGAGAUCAAUGCACGUAUAGUGAAAGCCAGAGCGCCUUAUGCCAAUCUGGGCCAUCUUUGGCGCCUUCGUGAUGUUAGUCUGGCUGUAAAAGGUCGGAUCUACAACGCGUCGGUGAGAGCAGUUCUGCUCUAUGUCUAUGAAGCCUAGCGUCUCCGAGUUGAAGAUGUUAGACAACUCUGUGUUCGAUCAUCGUUGUCUCCGAAGUAUUGCUGACAUCCAGUGGCAACACCAUGUUAGUAAUGCAGAGGUUCGGCAUCGUGUGUUCGGGCACAGAGACGAUAAUGCAAUUGGUGUCACCAUCUUGAAACACCGACUUCGGUGGCUUGGACAUGUUCUCCGAAUGUCGUCCCAGAGAAUUCCACGUCGUGCAUUAUUUGCCGACGCUGGGACUGGUUGGAAAAAGCGGAGAGGUGGCCAGUGUAUGAUAUGGUGUCGUGGGAUGAAAGAAAGCUGCAAAGGACUGGCUUCUGUUGGUCCUUCACGACUCCCUGGUUUUUGGGGUCCUAGAGAUGGUGCUACACAGUGGUUAGAGACGUUAUCAGAUAUGGCUCAGAAUAGAAGCCAGUGGCGAUCCUGCUGUAACCUUCUUUUACUUUCUUCAUUAAAAAAAAGUGGUUGUGUCUUCCUUAACUGAAAGAUUUCUUCUGAUUGUACCUUUCCGUUCCCCCAUUUUUACCAUUAUUAUUAUUACACCACCUUACAUCAAUCUCCUCGUUAUUAUUCUCUCUUUUUUUCUUUUCCUUCCCCUUAAAUUCUCAUUGUUUUGUGUGGUGCAUAUAUAUUUGGCGCAUUCUUGUACCAAUAAUUAUGUGUUCAAAUAAAUAAAUAAAUUGUCAGGUUCUACUGUUUUCCCACUCUCGAUUUGUCUGAUGGCCAUCCUGAUAUCUUCCGUCGUUGGUGGAUUGACAUCUAGCGGAAGGUCUAUGUGUGCCGUUCCGACGUACUGUAGAUUCAAUGGAGCUGGCUUUUUCAAGAGUUCUUCUAAGUGUUCCAUCCAACACUUCCUUUGUUCCUGAGUCUCAAUGAUUGGCAUUUCCUCUUUGUACUUGACUGGCCUCUCUGUUCUACUGUAUUUCCCUGCCGGUUUAUUCGUCGUGUCAUACAGUUGGUUCAUAUUUCCUUCUCUUGAGGCGUUUUUUGCUGCCGUUGCUAGCUCUUCCAGGUAUUGAGAUGGUGAAGAAGAUUUGUAGCUCAGGUGCAUGAUUUUGAUGGGGCUUUGUUAUCUGAGCUGGAGAACAAAACUCCAUUAAAAAGUUUCCAUGUAUUUCUACUUGUCGGCUCUAAUGCUCCUCUUCACUUGCUUGUUUGCUUCUGUGCAUACAGUUUGUGCCUUGGCUUUCUCUGUUCUUGUUCGGCUGUUGUUAGUCUCUGUCUUCUUAUUCUUCCUUUCUUGAAUAUUGUCCAGGAUUUCUACAGAGCUCCAUUUCUUAUGUUGAUACUUCUUGCGGUCCAGAAUAUCCUGACACGUUGAAGUUAGUGUUUUUUUAAUCUCUUCCUAGUUGUCCUCCAUAAUAGUUUCUUCUUCGUUCAGUAAAUCUUGCAAGGCUCGGAACCUGUUGUUGAGAGCUUUAUUGAAUUCGUUGAGUUUGUCAGUAUCAAGAAAGAAGUCUGUAUUGGACCUGUGUAAUGCUGUUUCCCCAGUUUUCUAGUGCUUCUUUAGCUUCAGUUCCAUCUUGACAGCUAUCAGCUAAUGGUGAUCUGAAGUUAUGUUAACUCCUCUCCUGGUUCUCACCUCUUCUAUUGACCUUCUGAAUUUUUCAGUGAUACAGAUGUGAUAUAACUGGUUCCGUUUGGUGUGGUCCGGUGAGGUCUAUGUAGCUUUGUGUAUGCGAUUGUGUGAAAAUAUUGUGCCUCCAUAACCAAUUUGUUGAAUCCAGAUAGAUUUGCAAAGCUCUCGCCAUUCUCGUUCAUAUCUCCUAGUCCAUGUCGUCACAUGAUAUCUUCAUACCCGAUGUUGUCUAUUCUGACUUUGACGUUUAGGUCUCUCUUCAAGAUGUUCAGGUCUUUUCCUGACCACUUCUCUGUGACUGAUUGCAGCAUUUUUUUUCGUGAGCAGAGUACAACAGCAUUUCUCCUGAAUUUAUCCUUUUCUUUCCAGAUUGAGUUCAAUGGACUUCAGUGAUUCUGAGAACAUUCAAGUUGUAUCUUCUCAUUUCAGUAGCCAUUUAACUGGUCCUCCCGGUCUCCCAUAUUGUCUGAACAUUCCAUGUAUCUGUAUUAAUUGUUGCUGUGGUUGUUAGAAGGAGCAUGCUCCUCAUGACCUCCAAAGAAUCUCAACUUUCACCAUGAGGCAUCAUAGUUCUACUGAAUGAAGAUCCUUCAACUCGGAGGGCAGAAUUUAGAUGGUUUGAAAUGUUUAUUCUGGUUAGCUUUGUUAGUAAGGUUGUUUCCUACGGGUUGGGGUUGCUGACCGCAUUCCCAACCCUCCUCCUUUGUGUGGGCUUGGGACCGGCAGUAACCUUAAAAGAGCUACAGUCAGUCAGUCAUCUACAACGUAGGACCAGGCACAUAUGUGCAUCGGUCCAGGUUGCCAUACCGCAUCAGCACAGCAAGAUGAACACUGGAUUCAUAGCAGUGGUUAGGUCAAAGGUGGUAAUAUAUAAGAGAAAGAUUGCAUAUGGAGAUAUAGUACAGGAAGAAAGAAUUGGUUCGUAGAAAGAAAGAUAUAAAGCGAUUUCAGUCUCUUAGUUUAAGGGAAGACAGGAAGUGUAUACACCGACGCCAUUGUGAUUGAUUCUGAGCCAUGUCACCAAGAGUCUCCAACCAUUGGUUACGAUAGUCACGCGGACCCCAACCAAGUAGUCUGCAUCUACCAACAUGGCUCAGACCAGAAGUUAGUGACUUCAAGCACUGAUGCCACGUUUUGGUUUGGCCGCCCCUAACUUUCUUCCAACCAUUUCCAAUACCGGAUAGCAUUGCACGUCGUGGUAAUCGGUGUUCAGGCAUACGCAACAUGUGACCCAACCAUCUCAGUCGAUGAAGAUUCAUAACCUCAUCAACUGAUUUACCAUCAUUUCCUAAUACCCUGCGUCCAACCUCACUAUUACUUACCCGGUGAUCCCAGCAGAUGCAAGCAAUAUUUCUAAGGCAUUUGUGAUCAAAUACUUGUAGCUUACGAGUGUCUUCAACUCUUAAUGCCCACGUUUCGCAGCCGUAAAGUAAAACAGAACGAACUGCCGCGCAGUAUACUCGUCCUUUUAUUGAUAGACGGAUAUCUCGCCUUCGCCAUAGGUGACGUAAGUUGGCAAAAGCCAAACGAGCUUUUCUAAUCCGUGGUGAUAUUUCGUCAGACACCAACCCAUUAGGGCUGAUCAGACUUCCAAGAUAAGUGAAGUUGUCGACGCGUUCGACUACUUCACUCCCUAUCCUUAGUUCAGGUGUUGACGCAGGCCAGUCCUGAAGCAACAACUUGCACUUAGAGGGAGAGAAGCGCAUUCCAAACAUUCUGGAAUUCUUGCUUAGUGCUGCCAGAAGACUCUGCAUUUUGUCAGCGUCUUCACCAAACAGGACUAUAUCAUCUGCGUAUUCUAAGUCGAUAAGUGGACCUCCUGGAAGGAGAUCAAUUUUUGAAAGUUUAGAAGACGAGAACGUUAUUUCCAACAGUAGGUCUAUGAUGAAGUUGAACAAAAAUGGAGAUAGUGGACAGCCUUGACGGACACCACUUGAGGUUGCAAAAGCAGAUGACAGUUCGCCAUAAGCUCUGACUCGACUAGUAGUGUUCGAGUAAAGAGCCUUUACAAGGUUUAUGUACUUCUGAGGUACGCCUUUCAAUGACAGAAACUGCCACAGAAUCUCGCGGUCUACAGAGUCAAAUUCUGCUUUUAAGUCGAGAAAGACCACCAUUGUCGGACGCCGAUAAUUAUGCCUGUGUUCUAGAAUCUGACGAAUGGUGAAUAUGUGGUCGAUGCAGCCACAACCAGGUCUGAAGCCAGCUUGAUUCUCUCGUGUUUGCAGUUCACGAGUCUUAGUUAGGCGUCUGAUAAUUAUCGAGGCUAGUAUUUUAGAUACUAUAUUAGUUAAACUAAUCCCUCUAUUGUUGUCACAGGAUGAUUUUAGCCCUUUCUUGUAUAUUGGGACGAUAAGUGAUUGUGACUAGUCUGAUGGAAUAACGUCUAACUCCCAGAUCUUAGUUAAAACAUUAGUCAACCUAAUCGCUAAAAUUGGACCACCAUCCUAAAGACCUCUGGAGCCAGUCCAUCUGGACCAGCUGCCCUUCCUCGUUUCAGAUUAACUAUAGCCUUCUGAACUUCUGCUAAAGUUGGGGGACGUACUUCAAUGUUCCAUUCACACUGUCUGGGAAUGGAGGGUAGAUGUAGAGUAGCUGAAGGCCAGUUGAACUGUUUUCUGAAAUGUUCCGCCCAUCGUUCUAAACGUCUGAGCUGGGAGCAGAUGAGAGUAUCGUCUUUUUUCGAAAUAAUCUCACUUACACUUGACUUAUUAGUUCCAGUUUCUUUUAUUAGUCUAUAAAGCUGUCUUGUGUUCCCUAUAGUCGCCGCCUUUUCCAUCUCUUUUGCUUUCAUUGCCCACCACCGCUCACGGUCGUUUCUUAGACUUUUUCUUAACCUAGAUCUGAUUUGUUGUCGCUCUUCAUCAUGUUCGGAACCUGAUGGGACGAGUUUGCGAGAAUCCAUCAGUGUGAUAGACUUUGAAGAAAUCCACUGGUUCUUUGUAACUCUGUGGUUUAAGUCACUAAUAGAUUUCAUUGCUGUUUCCACAGCUGCUUGUAUGUCUUUCCAAGCAACCUGUGGGUCAGCCUCGUCUUCAGAACUACCUAAUUGUGAACUCAGUUGUUCUUGGAACCUACUUUUGGUUUUCUCGUUACUCAACUCAGUUCUAAUGGGUCUUUUUAAUGUGGCUUUUUUGCGUCCAGUGAGGUGCAAGCGGAUGCGUGCCCGUAUUAGGGCGUGGUUGGAGUCCAAGCAGGUACUCCAGAAUGAGCGACAAUCUUCUACCGACCCUCUCCAACGAUGACUGAUGGUAAUAUAGUCUAUUUGAGUCAAUCGUUGGUUUGCUGUAGGGGGUCGCCAUGUUAGACGAUGUCUCUCCUUAUGCUUAAAAUUUGUGUUUGCUAAAAAUAAGCGAUUGUCUGAACACAGUUGCAGCAGACGGUCACCAUUAUCUGUUCGCUGUGCCGGAAUGCUAAAAUAUCCACCUAAAUGCCUUUCUGUUUGGUUUAAGCUACCUAUCUGAGCAUUAAAGUCACCCCCUACGAGUAUUAUGUCUGAGCGUUUAGCUUUCUGAAGAAGUCCAGAAAGCUUUCUGUAAAAUUCAUCUUUCACAUCAUCUGAGCUGCAGUCAGUGGGAGCGUAGACAGAAACGACGAAAAGGCAACGACGUGUGUCCUUAUCCUUCCGAGUUCUUACGGAGCCGUUUAGCCGAACAGCACAUAGACGACUGUUGACGGGGAUCCACUCUAGCAGUGCUUGUUCCGCCCUCAUGCUUAGUGCUAUGCCUACACCUGCCAGUCCACGAGAACUGGCCAUCGGGUCACCAGAUACACGGAGGGUGUAUGUCGUUGGCUCUCCGUUUUGCCGAGGUGAGGUCAAGUGAAUGACCACACUGGGAUCCUGUAUGUGUGUUUCGGAGACACAGCAUACAUCAAUGGUAGGAGAUUCUAGGGUUUUAGCCAAGGAUGCCUGGUGAGUGGUUUGACAUAGAGUGCGUACGUUGAAGGCUCCAAUGUGUAGUUUGGAGCGAGGUGUCAGUAGACCUGGGACAGUGUUUUGCGCACUAGAAUCGUUGGCUAUGGUGACACUUGAGGAGGAAGCCAAAAGAGGAAGUUUAGAGUUGAAAGUCGAUAUAGGAGGAGUAAUAGGAAUUGAAGAGAGAGGUUGAUUAUGAAUACAGUGAUCUUGAGUUCUGUUAGAGGUAUGAGGGCGGUUAUCACUUCCCGGUUGCCCACACCGUGGAAGGGUUCUUCUGGAGGUACCUGAAAAGGAAAUUGGAUUAGAGGUGGUCUCAGUGACCUGAGAGCGUGACCGCAGUGCCCAAGGGACAACUGCUUGCGGCCGGUCGCGCACGGCCUUUUCGUGGGAGGUUUUUGACGUGUUAGCUCCGUUCUUCAAAGGGCCUUACCGCCGGAGACGGAAAUCCGUGAGGUAAGGUGAGGUGUGCAUUUUUAGGGUCGACCUUUUCUAACCCCACCCCUCCUUGUGGGAAGGCAGCAUCGCUGUCAUGCUGGUUGUCUGAAGGAAACACCUUACUGCUGUCACACCUCUGUACAGUCAGCAGUACGACUUCGCCUUCGGACCUUGGGUUUGUUGCUUUUAGUCUUUCCGCUCUUCAACCGACCUGUCUGACAUGGUAGGACCUUGAGGAACGGUUGUCCCAGCCAGUAUAGCUCGGUUGCUUCAUCACGAUAGGCAAGCCCGACCACCACGUCAAGGUAGCAACAACGGUCGGGUUAAAAGAGCUACAGGCAGUGUUGUAUUAGAUGUACGUAUUCAAUAUUUUUCUUAGUUUAUACUCAUAUCUGUACUAAGCCAUUGUUCCUGAUUUAUCAUCUAUUGGGUUAUUUUGUAGUGUUUGUUGAUCUGGGCAGCCUUUGACAUUGACGCUAAGUUAGAAAUGAACAGAGGUACAACUGCUGUAAAAAAAAACUUUACUGUAUGCUUUUAAAAUCUAGUCUCUGAAUUUAAAAUACUCACUGGCUCACUGUUUAAUUUAAGCUUUCACAAGAAAUUUCUCUAUUUUGAUGGCUUCUUUGUUUAGUUAAUACUAAUAUCUUACAACAUAUGUUGGAAUAUAACAUGCAUCGUCAACCAAUCGGUAAUCUCAUCCUAAAAAAGUGGCUUUGAUUUGUUGGAUCCUUUUUUAGUGAAAAACUUGCAGAAAAUUCUAUACUGGGAACCGUUUGCUAAUUUUGAGAAUCUUUAAAAAUGUUUAGUGGUAGUCAGUUUAUAACAUAAUGCUCUAGAAUGAAAAAUAUCUGUGAUGGGACUAUCAAGGCAGUCUAGAUAAGUUCGUAGAGAUUGGAUAGCUUGGUGGUUUAAAAAUCGGCUCACGACGAAAGCAAGUGGAUAUCAUUUUGGUUGUGCUUGAAUCGCAUUUUGAAAUGUUCUUGUUAUUAUUAUAUAAUUUUUCCGUUCUAAUUUAUUCACAAAACUGUUAUCUUGUUUUGUACAGUGCAUUUUUGAUGCUUGAUUAACUCAAUGGUUUUAAGCUCGAAGUAAAUAUAUGUAGCUUUAUUUCGCAUAGAAAAUCUAAUAAGAUAAAUUAACUGGGUUUUGUAUAUCAUGGACCUGUAAGUUCCACACUUAUACAACUAGUCAUUUGAAUAUUCUCCGUAUAUGUGAUAUGCCUCAUUUCCUUUUGUGUUUCGCUUGGUUUUCGGACUACGUUUACCUUUUAAUGAUUACAUAUUCGAUCCAGGGGCCGUGACGUGAGUCGGUACACAACGUAUCUCUGUGGUGCCCGAGAUUAUCCUGAUAGUAUGGAUGCGAUGCGUAUCAUCCUUAAAGAACAGGAUUUAAUUCCGGAUGCAGUUUUGCUGGUUAGUCAUCUUUUAUAAAUUCUGUAUUAUCGCCUGUAGAUAUCCUUUCAAAGGUUUUUACAAUACACCCAGAUAAGUGAUAGUUUACAGGAGUAAAUCAUAAAGUUCAAUAUUAAUCUAGAAAUUUGUAUUUUUGUAAUAAAUAACGGGUACUGAAAGCCGGAUUUCGAACUCCUAAAUAAUUUCCAUCAAGUUCGGUAGCUCUACUCCUUUGAAAGUGUAAACUUCUUUCUAAAUUUUAAUGGGAUUCGUCCGUUUGUACCAUUAAACGCUUAGUAUCGCAAAGAAUAUAUUACAUAAUGCGUCAGAGUUUUCUUGUAGAACAGAUAUAACGGAACUGAAGGGACAGACACUGAUUACGUUGUUUACUUAUGACGGUUGAUUAUGAACAGAGAAAGCUUCAUAUGCGUUAGGUGGAUUUGUAUUCUUUGUAAACUGAUGCCUACGAAUGAACAACUAUAUAUGUUGUAACUAGCGUUAUCCGUGAGUUGACACCGAUACUCAGUCUUCUUAUACACUAGCCCAACGGGCUACUGCGUUGCAAAGAUCAAGAAGUAAUCGAUAUAUAUAUAUCUUAGGAAAUUAAGUGACCAAUGGUAUGUCUCAUUCUCUAGGAAUGAAAGUUAUUUCCAGCCCAGUCACAUGUUUUCAUCAUUUAGCGGAUUUCCUAUUGGCCUAAUGUUUCAAUAUCCAUUGCGAAUUCCUGAGUGUUAUGCUCAAGAUUAUUUACUUAAUAGUGCGUUGCUUUCCUCUAUUUUUCGGUUAAUAUUUUUCAUAGUAGAUGUUUUUGAGAAUACAAGUAAUGAAGAAUGUGUUAAAUUAAUUUCUUGAUUCUAAAAUAGAUUCGUUUUAAGCAUUUAAAACUCAAUCUCAACGCGAAAAUCACCAAACAUUUUGGAAACAUCUCUUAAAAGACUAUCGACCCCCUAGCUGUUCAAAAUAGAUGUGCGAGAUAACAUCACUGGAAUAAUAAGAAUAACAAGUUGUUACUAAAUUCGAAAAAUUAAAGUAUUUGUUAAAAGUAGACCCUUUAUUAAACGUUUAGAAAACUGCAUUUUUGAUUGGUUAUAGAGGCAAAGGGAUCGAAGGUAAAUCGAACAUAUUUCACAUCCUGUAAAAUGUUAUUCCCCCUGUCGGAGCUCACCUCUAUUAAUAUGCUCUCUUUUGAUAACCGCCCUUAUUAAUAUACACCAUUCUUAAGUCAUCCUUUUGGUGGGAUACCCUCCUUGCUACCUCAAUCAUCAAAAAUUUGCAUCCUAACCAACUGAUUUGGCAUUUUUGCGUAGUAGUUUAUGCCUAAACUCAACAUUCUUGACUCAUUUGUUUCACGAAACAAACAAUGCUUCAGAAACAAAUCAAAAACCUGCCGCGUAUGCAUGUCCUCUACUUUCAGAGACCAUGCUUUACUUCCAUAAAGUAAUGAGUGGCAGGUUUAAGAGGUAUUUAGUUAUAUGGCUUUCGUUCUAUCAAAGCCCUCAAAUGCCCUGGUAUGGCCGAGAGUGGGGUGGGCCCGCCCUCCCUCUGGAAAUGCUCUCACAUGGCCACGCAUAUAUAGCCUCUGCCAGGGAAGUCCUACUCACUGCCUUCUCGUGGCGGGGGUGUUGUUUGCGAAAAUAAGAGGGUGAAAAGCGAAUAUCCGGCGCUUCAACCGGAUCCAAAACCAAUGGUGCACAUGAGCUCCAGUAUCCUGAAGGAACAAAUGGCGUAUGAACCAAUUUUUGGUCACCGGCUACCAUGGGACUGCAUCUCCUCACGAUGCUCCACUGCCUUGUGGGUCAGACCUUUUGGCCAAAGGCUCGGGGCGUGGCCCCCUAAGAAAACCAACCGCUUCGGUCUGGGCACCCGGGCAGUAUCGUAGCCCACACACAAAUAUAAUGGUAAUGAAAAUGUGUGGUGCAUACAUAUUUGGUUCCCUCUUGUACCAAUAUUUAUGUGUUCAAAUAAAAUAAAUAGAAAAAACAUCACUGGGAACACAUACAAAACAAGUCGACCACUCAUAUCUUACAAAACUAUUUAAUAAACACCUCUCAUUAUUUUUUCAGCUUGAGGAAGCAUAUAAAGGAGAUGCCUCCCCACCAGUAGCUUUGUUACGACAACCCAUUUUCAUUGGUAAGUAUGUUUUAAUUUGCCACUUGAAGCUUCGAUUGGAGCUUAUUUUUUAAAAGUCAAGUUUGGGAUUUACAUACAAUCCUAUAACUUUGCCAAUACCAAACCACCUUGUGUGUCUUGUGAAACUAAGUUAGAGCCUAUCAAAUACCAAACUUUAUGGGUAACAUUAACUGUCGAUAGAAGCGAUUUAACCAUUUAUUUCUAAUAAAAAUCAGAUAAGAUGAUCUUGUGUUUAAGGGGUAAACACGUAAACCAUACUUCGUGUACCAUAAUUUAGACUGUUUAUCAUAGAUAGAUAGUUCAACUUUAGAGACCUUAGCCACAAUGUUCAUACCCUCAAUCUAGGCAACUAGACCAUCAGUAACUUAGUGGGGUGGUGUUAUGUGUUGGCUUGGUCGUCUUUAGAGUUUUUCUAACCGGUUUAGCUCAUAGGGUUGUACAAUGGUCACGAGUGGGUAUUUUGACAGAUAAAUCAAAGAAUAUCCACUAUUUUGUCGGAUGAUUUACAACCUGUUGUAACAUUUUAAACCUAACGCUGCUUCGAAGACAUUUACGACCAACUACUUGCAUUUGAUUUAUAUCGUCUGCCUUCAAAAAUCUUAUAUUCCAACUAUGAAGUAAUACAGAGAGUACUUGUACUCAGAUAGACAUCACACUGGGACACUAGGUUUCUGUAUCCAUCCCUAAGUUCUUCCAGACAGGCUGAUGAAACUCCCAACACAAUCGACAUGCUCAACUACUUCUCUAGGCAUGACUUAAGCCAGUUCUGAAACAACAUUUUGCUUUGGUAGUAAGAGAAAUACUCUCUGGAUACUUUCAUAUGGGUUACUGAGGUUUUUUAGGUCUACAUUUUGUCAGCGUUUGUAUAAAAACAGUAUAUUUGUUGCGGACUACAAAGCAGUGAGUUUUCUAGUACUACAAAAUCAAUCCUUAAGAAGUCAAAUGAUGUGUUUUAUUAAAUAAUUCUGUUUAGAUAAGUAGCCUGAUACUAUGUGUAAUAUUAUAAAAGAGUUUUUUAAUAUCUACUGAACAUAAAUGUCCCUGUUAUCAUUAUCUGUUUAGGAUAAACGGAAGAUAUGCCCAUUCUUGUUCACAUUUACCCCGAUUUGCUUUUCUGUAACUAGCACUUUUUAUUUUGUUGAUAUUACUGCUGGGAGCUAACUGUUAACUGAAUUAUAGAAAUAAUACAAGCAAAAGCCUUUUUUAAAAUACAUUUUCUUAUGACCCUUAACACUACCAGUUGGUAGGGUAGUUUAAUUUGUGUUCUUUUGUCAAGUAUGACUUCAUUUGUUUAAGCAUACUACACUUGUAGAAAAAAAUUACCAAUACUAAACAUUUCGUUGUCAUAUAAGGUACAAUUAGUAAGUGUUUCAUGUGUUACAACAAAAUAAAAUAGUCUUAUUUAUCCACAACACUGUAAUACUUCACGAUUUAAACUAUGUAGAUGUUGAUUGAACUUGCUAAGAUCUAUGCAUACAAAAUCACAUGUGUAGCAAGAAUAUAUUUUCAGUACAAUAAAGAAAUACCAAGUUAUUUGAGUUGUUGUCAGUUAGUUGAUGGUAAAUUUAUGCAAGAAUUCGACUGAGAGUGUCUUUGUAUACUAGUUUUCUCUCUGUUUAAUUGAUUAGCGGGGUUUGAACUGACACUUGUGACGGAUAUUUUGUAGCAUAUCUUUCCGUAAGUUGUUCGUCAGAAAUAACUUGCUGCAUGAUAUUUCAUAUCCUUAGUUGGAUGAGCAAUUUUCUUACCAAUGAACGUAAUCGAAGAUAGGUAUCAAGAUCGUUAUUUCUUAAAUUAAUGAGCCUAUGUGUACAUGUGCAAAAGACGAUUUGUAGCAUUUCAAAAAAUUUUAUUUAUGUGUUAACCAGUGGUAAUAAAUUUCACAAUAAUCAUCUUAUUUUUAUGUACUAGCACUUCUAGCAGAUGCAUUAUUUGCAAGUUCUGAUAGAUUGUUAACUGAACAAUUAGAGCAAUAUGCAUACCUUUACAGCUAUGCUGCAGUGGUCGUUGAAGAGAUUGAACCUACUACUGAAAGACGUAUCUCAUGUAUACGUACUGAAGUUGAUGAAGCAAAACGUGAAGUUUUAGAAGCAAGUCGAAUUUGUAGACAAGUACGUACCAGUAACCUGUCGACGAUAUUCAGCAAUUUUUCUCAUAUUUUAUGCUCCCUAUUUUCUGGUGAUUACGUUGGUUUAGUUUAUUAUCUUAUGCGUGUUGUUUAUCGCGAUUGUGUCACUUAUUUGAAACUGGUUCACUUCACUUUUAGUACUAAAGUAGUGUCGUUUACAUGUACAUAUACUUGAGAAUCACUUUAUACAUGAGUAUCAUCAACAGCUUCUUUGCAUAAAAUAGCGCUGCAAAUAAAUGGAACACAAAUAAACUAAAACAACCUAACAAAUUUUUCAGUGCUUAAAAUCAUCACGGAAAAAAUCGAUGAUCAAAAAAAGAGUAAAAGUAAUUGCAUCAACUAUGUCAGUGACAGUUUUCAUUCUCCUGUAUAUAUUCAGUCAGUCAACUAAAAUUUCUCUUAUCUGAAAACUAUUCAGCAGUCUCACUGCAAUAACACAAUGAGUGAUUAAAAGUUAUUGCUAUGUUCCACUAGCUAUGACCAUUAACCUGUUACACAGACAUUUAAUUGGUUACGGAUGGCGAAUAUUACUGCUAAAUUUAUACAUCCUAAGAGCGGCAUAACUCAUGGUUUAUUUCAAAUUCCAUUGAGCAUAUAUAGUACCUUUCAUCUUAGUGUCGCUAUAAGUGAGGUAAUCUAACGCAUGCUUAAAUUUAGAAAGGCCUGAAUUACCGAUAAAACUGUUGAAUCGAAUCAGUUGUACGGUUCUGACCGUCUUUGCAGUAAAGCAAUUGGUUUCUUAAGGCUUUAUUUACUAAUCGACUGGGAAUUCAUUGUCCACCCUACGCAAAACAAUUGUGUUCUUGUAAUCAUGUGUCAAGGUUAAUAUUUUUAUAACUUUAUUGGCUAUGGAAAAUCUUUUUCAAGUUGUUAUGAUUUAUGGUUCUGUCCAUACGAAAGACCAAGUAGGCUUCACCGUAAAGUGACAGAAAAAGACCAGAAUAAUUCACUUUGACAUUCAUCCCAGUUCCUACUCAAUGUAAUUACCGUUUUGCAAUUCAGUUUACAUAUAUGAUACACAUAUAAUAAACUGUCAUUUUUUAUUUCAGUGGAACAAUAUGUCUGGCAGUGGAAUUAGUUUACGUGCUUUCCGAGACCUUCCAUCGCUUUUGAGAUGUUUAUCAUGUCGACCUGUUUCACUUGGUGUAUUUCGUUUCGUUCGGGUCGUUUUUCAUACGAAACGUGUCGAUUUUGAAUUAAAUAUGGACACCAUGAAACCUUACUGUAUAGUAGUGAAUGAAUUGGCUGAGGUCAAUGAAUAUUUACGUCCAGCUCUCUUAGCAUUUAUCACAGAAUUACUGGCUUCUUCAGUUGAAGGAAUGGAAGACUUGAGUCAGUUAGAAUACAAACGAAUGUUGGUCGGAUUACUUGUUCAUUUACUAUCAUGUGGCCAUGUACUUCCUGUAAUAAACACAAUGCAUAGACUGUUUUUACGCAAUCGUGUUGAUGUUUCUAUUGUUCGCCAUUUUGUUACAGAAGUACGUGACAUGUUUUUUGAUUUUAUAUUAUGAAUAUUGAUAGAUUAUUACAGCGUUCACCAUAUACUUAUCCAUUUGAGAUGAACACUUAAAUUCAUGUUGGAUAACCAGGAAACAAACAGUUUGCAAAUCAAGAAAAUUUUUGUUAUCAGUAUAGGGUUGUGGAGAUCUCAAUCAAAGUUUUUGUUUUCAAUUUUCAUAAUCGUCUGUUAUUAGCCUUGGUAUUAAGCUUAAAAAGGUAGCCUCUAAGCUCGUAAUAUGUUAACCGAUUUUUAUCUUAGUGUUACCGCUGACAAUUUUCUUCAAUUGAGCUCGCUAACAAGUAGACCAAAAUCCUAUAAAACUAGGUGUUAACUUGAGUAAAACAUUAAUUCAACAGAUAGUAAUUAUGUACACCUAUCAAAAAUCGUGCCUGAUUUUUAUCACCAUAAUCAUUUAAUAAUUACCCUUUUAAACCCAUAUUGUGUGGUUUCGUAACUAAAGGAAUUACCAAAAUUAGAACUGGCGUAAAAUUGUGAAUUGUUAAGAAUAUUUCAGUUAAUAACGAUGAAUAUAGACGCUUGUGAGACUAUUAACAAUCGCUCAGCUGUUAAAUCUAUAAUGAUGUCGAAUGAAACAGCACAUGUUAGUGAAUGACAAUUUAUUGAGUUAGAACAUUUACUAGAAUAAAUAACUAGCAUUCAUAUACAUAUAAAAUGUUACCAUACACAUGAGUCAACCGUAAACCUUGCUGAUUAUCACUUAGGUGAUAUACCUCCUUGGCUUCCUUCUACGAAGUCUGUUUCGGGUUAUAUUAUUGACAAUGGGACUGUGACUUUGUAGUUGAAGCACAUGGUUUUCAAUGAUUAGACCUCAGGUUCAUGCCCCUCUCUGUUUAGCUCGCCAUUGGCGAAUUGAUAAUAUCACUACCUCUCACACAAAAAUAUGUCUGGAAGUCAACUGAGUAAACCUGAACUUGGUGAGUUUUCCAACUAAAUGGCAGACUUUCGCUGUUUCCUGUGCAUUUGAUUCCUAUGAAAUCGUGUCAGUUAGGUAAAACUAUUUAUAUAUCUGUUUAGACAGACCAACUAAGUCAUUCAAGAUAUCUUGCUGUCAGUUUAUUUGGUGAAUGAUAUGAAUACUUAUUCAUCUAUUGCAUGCCAUCACAUAGUGCUGUGGAAAUGGAUUUUAUACAUUAGAUUGAUAAAAACGUUUUAUGUCAAGAAUAAAUAAAUAUUUGUGUAUGAUUUCUGUUUUAAUUUCCCAAGGCCGUCAUAUUUUUAGCUAUAUCAAAGAAAAUAGGAGCCAACCGUAAACGCAAUCGGUUUAUAAACUAGUAACAACUAAAUUUCUUAGAGCGAUAUCAAAUUACUUACAUAAAUGUCGGCUAUAUUUACUAAAUAAUAAACAUAUGUGUAGCGGUAUACUACAUUACGUCUCAUACUAACCUCGGUUUCUAGAUAACUGCAAUGACAACGACUGUUUUCAUCACAUUGUUUAAAUAAGUUCAGACACCUUAUUAAGUCACCAUUAGUGGUGUAAGUCCUAUACUGUUGUUGCAAUUAAUAAUGACUCUUAUUAAAAACUAAUUACUAAAUCGUUAAAAUUAUGUCAAGGUUAACAGAUAGUGUGCCUGUUCUUAAUUAUAACAUUUUAUAAAUUGCAUUUAAUUACUUUUACAGACUGUUCUGUUUAAUUUUAUCCAAUGAAAUACUGUAAAUUUCGUAACGAUAUUUUAACUUGACAUACACUAAUACGGUCCUAUUUAUCCUGGGACGGCACAAAAAUCCAGCACAGUGAGCGAAAGUAUUAUUAAAUAAUCAAUGCAUUCCGCAACUAUAAAACUGUUGAUGAUUACAUGAAUUAUAUGGGAGUUUCAUAAUACUCCAAUUUAGUUGGUUCAAAUUUAUUGUAUAACAAUUCUAAAUCAUAUCAAUGUAAACAGAACGAUUUGAGGGGAGCAUUUAUUGUAAAUAAAUUCUUUAAUCAUAUUUCCGAAAACAAUCCGCAAUAUUUAACAUUACUAAAUAAACGACCUAUUGAAAUAAACUAUAAUUAGAAUACUAAAUCAUGUACUGGUCCUUCAGUUUUUGCUACAGAUUUGGAGCGUUAUAAAAUAAUUUACCAAUUUUCACUAACAAGCCAUUUCAUACUUUAUCAGAAACAAACCUAAAUUUUUGACCGAAUUUAGAUUGUUUACGUUUUAUAUCCUCUUAAAGUUGUCGAAAAUUAAUGUACCAUGUGAAUUUAUUUAUACAUAGUGUUUCAUAUAGACUUAUCCAUGUAAUUCAAAAAAUUUCUUUUUGUGAUUCGUUUCCAAAACCUACUAGUUGCAUUAAUAAGAACUUUCGUCUAAAUUUGAACGAAUAGUUUCACAAUAUUUGGGCGCCGAGUUAAUAUGAGACAUUAAAGAGGAAGAAUGUAUGUUUCAACAUCAAAUCCAUUCACACAUUUGUACGUACUAUAUUGUUAUUAUUAUUAGGUUCGCUAGUUCGAAUACGCAUAUUAACCUAAUCUUAGUUUCGGUUUUGCAACCCGAUCACUUCCUUUGAAGUGACGUUAGCAUAAAAGUUAAAACUAGGGGCUGUAGGAUAGUGUUCAGUUUCAUACUAUUUCAUUUAUCUGUUUACUAGACAAGAUCUAUAUAAUUCAUUAUCCUUAUUCAUAUCACAAUGAUCACCUAUUUUGUCUGAAGUGCAAAUAAUAAACUUGUCGAAAUACCAUCCAGUAGUUAUUAAUGUACUGUUGUGCAUUAUCCAUAUCCCUGGUUCAAUCAUAUUUUAAUGGACGGAUGGUUUAUUUGAUAUAAACUAUACUGGGAUAACUAAAUUUCUGUUGAUCGACUGGUUUUAUCAUAUACGCUACGUGUAAAAAUAAAAUACCUACUCACUGGAAAGUUUUGUUAUAAUACCUAGGUGAAUUCUAUUUAAAUAAGUCUUUUGCACGUCAAUCAUCUGGUAUCAUGCUUCUUAUAUCCAAAAGUUUGAAGAAGAGUUGUGUUUCAAUUUUUACUGAAACUGAUGUCUGAAAGUGUCUCCAGUCACUUAACUCGUUUCAAUGUUUAGGACCUGAUGAAAUCCUAAAUCAAACCGAAUCAGGUGGUUUACUUAGGGGGCCACACCCGCAGCCUUUAACCUGAAGGUCUGAUCCACAAGGCAGUGGAGCAUCGUAAGGAGAUGCAGUCCCAUGGUAGCCGGUGACCAAAAGUUGGUUCAUACGCCAUUUGUUCCUUCAGGAUCCUGGAGCUCAUGUGCACCAUUGGUUUGGAAUCAGGGUUUUCCAACCCCCCUAGGCGGAUCUUCUAUAUCCACCACCCGGUUAAAGCGCCGGACAUUCGCUUUUCGUCCUCUCAAUUUCGUAACCAACACCCCGCCACGAGAAGACAGUGAGUAGGACUUCCCUGGCAGAGGUUAUAUACGUGUGGCCAUGUGAGAGCAUUCGGAGAGGGAGAGUGGACUCUCCCCACUCUCGGCCUUACCAGGGCAUUGGUAAGAAAGAGCUUAAUGUCUCUGCCAACCCAAGGUGUGAUACACGGAGCUGUUUUUCUACCCUUUUGCAUGAUCUGCCGUCUUUUACAGAAAACACUUGUUAAGGAUGCGGAUGGUCUCACUGUCUGCGCAUUGAUUUCUGCCUCUACAUCCCUUUGAAAUGAAUGAGUCCUAGUCGCUCAUUGAAAGACUGUUUUUUUGUUAAUGUUUUGUAGUGUCGGUUACUGUGUCAAGCCCACACAACUUAUUCUAGAUUUUGGACAGGUCACUUUAUCCAUUAUUCUUGAGUCACGUUUUGACCUUGUUAAUUAUCAACCUUGACUAUUUUUGUAUGAGCGCAUGUGUGUACAUCUUAUCCUACUCGUCACAUAUCCGUAACUUAUUUUUGUGUGAUUGUAAAUAUUGAUUGACGCUUGGUUAAAUCGAGUUGGCUUAUCCGCCUUCUCCAUCGCUCGUCAUUUUGUUUUGCUUCGCUUUCCAAUAAACGAGUGUACAAAAUAUACGUAUUCGAAAUUCAUCCUCGUAUUUGACUUAUUUAAUUCCGUUAUUCACCAACGCAAGUUAAGUCGAUAAUUUUGCACGAGGAUUGAAGAGAUGUAUAUAUUUCAAUAGCAACCAAUCAUACGAUCUAAUUGGAGUCAGAUCUCGGGUCACAAAGGUCUCACACUUAGCCCUUCUAGAUGUCAAACUGUUUAUUUUGACCUGGGACAUGAGCAGUACUUAAACACUUUUUGGGAAUCAAAUUAAGUUUGUACUAUUGGAGAUUCUGUGAUAAAAAGAAUGUUAAAGGUUGCUUACCUUUGUAUAAGUUUUUCCUCUUACCUUUCUUGGUCUUAUCAUACCUUAUUGAUAUCGAAGCAAGUUAUGUCUGACUUAUUAUAUAAAGAGGCUACAUACUUUUGAGAUUAUUCGACAAAUACUUCUACUUUUUGUGAAUUUCUGUAUUAUUCUUUACUGUUCCUCAUUAUUCUUUCCCGGGCUUUUGAGAAAAGAUUUUGCUGUAUUGCGGAGAGUGCUGAGGACAGUUAGCAGGGUGUGUGGCGAAUCUUUCGAAGUCAUUAUUAAUGUGGUUGCAAACUUCUGGCAAGUGUUAUCUCGCCAGACACUGACCAUCCGCUCGACUCACAUCUUUCACCUUAUCUUCUGGUAGAACAAGACCGCAGUACAUUAGAAUCCAUUCAUGUAACCAAAUGUACAUUGUCCAGCAAAUAAACCAUGUGACGAGCAAGCUGUAAGAGCUGAAUUAGUCAAAGCUUAUAUUGUUGAACAUGUUACCAAAAGUUGUCUAGAUUCGUAUCUUCUUAAAAGCACUUCGUCUAAUUCCAGGUAGUUUAUUUAAUUAUUUCAUGUAUACAUAUAUGCAGUUAUCGAUUGUUUCAUGAGAGUAACUUAUGGAAAUAUUGUGUGUUGACAAUCCCAUAUUUUACUAAAUAUAUAAUACUGAGUAAAGCCAUUAAUAAUGAUAAAUAAUAAUAAAGUUUUCACGUAAAAUGUAGUAUUGACAUUGUCUUGAAAUAGGAGUUUAUCUGAGUUUAAGGAUUUUUGUUUACUGAGGAUCUUGACUAAAGGGAUAUCAGUCCUUUUAUACCAUCAACUUAAUUUCUAAGCUGAUCAGACUUUAAGCUACAUUAGUUUCAUAGGUUUGUUAUCUUUUACAUGCUGUUGAUAUGAUGAAUAUUCACCAAUUCUGCAUUUUCGAGUCCCAUUUUUCUUCAUUUCUGUCAUACCCCAGGUUCUAAAAGUGGCGGGACAACCUUAUGCAACGUUCUUCAUGAAUGCAUUACAUCCUCUGGUUGUCCAUCCAGAUAUCAGUGAUGGUUUGAAAGGGGGAAAAGACACAGAUUACGUGAAUGAAUUCCUCGAGUAUUAUGAAAAAGAAAACUCGCCAUCGCCAAGUUAUUAAUAUGUCAUCUUAUGACUUCUGUUGUACAUAAUAUGUUCUCUAUAAUUACAAUGUUUUUUUUAAGUUCUUCAUUUAUUGAAUUAUUACAUCCCUUGCAGUGGUACCGACGUAAGCUAUUUGAGCUCGGAAUAUUUUAUCCUAAAACCAGUGGUGUGGUUAGGUCGAUAUUUUGAGUCACGAUUUGGUUUAAACAGUCAUCUUUCAAUCAUUCAACGAAGUGCUCGAAUCAGUACUGUGACAUCGAAAUAUGACAUAACCUAGUUUGUAAGUGUUUUC